GUGUGUGUGUUAUCAGAUACUUUUCUCAAACAGUCCAGAGUUCUCACACACACACACACACACACACACCUGAGGAAGGUCUGUGUUCAGGUUCUGGUCGCCGUCAUGGAGUUGAAGAGCAAGCAGCAGAAGAAGGUUCUUGUGAUCUCGGUGCUGCUGGCCGUGUGUGUGGUGGUGAUUAUUCUGGGUCUGGGUUUGGGUCUCGGUCUUCAGCUGCAGGACUGCAGGAAUAAAGAGUCCUCCGUGUCUCUGUCCUGUAGGAGUCGUUGUUACGAGCCGCUGGAGCUGGACUCAGAGUCGUGUCGCUGUGAUAGUCAGUGUGUGGAGACUCACAGCUGCUGCCAUGACUUUAAAGACAUCUGUCUGCUGCCUACUGAGAGCUGGGAGUGCUCUGUCCUGCGCUGUGGAGAGAGGCGUCUGACUGAAAGCAGGUGUCACUGCUCUGAGGACUGUCUGACCGCUGGAGACUGCUGCCCAAACUACAGCACUGUGUGUCGGGGAGACACGGAGUGGGUUCAGGAUGAGUGUGUCGACAUGAGCACUGCCAGAUGUCCUGCCAGUUUCAGGAGGCAGCCGCUGCUGCUGGUGUCUCUGGACGGUCUGAGAGCCGAGUAUCUUCAGUCCUGGCAUGCAGUCGUACCUGUGCUGGACAAGAUCAGACGCUGCGGUACAUCAGCACCUUUCAUGCAGGCCGUGUUCCCUAGUAAGACGUUCCCUAACCACUACUCCAUCGCCACCGGUCUGUACGCCGAGUCACACGGGCUGGUAGAUAAUAGCAUGUACGACCCCGUGUUCGACGCCUCCUUCAGUCUGUCCAACAGCGAGAAAAACAAUCCUAGAUGGUACCAGGGACAGCCGAUCUGGAACACAGCCAUGUAUCAGGGGCUGAAGGCCGGAACGUUCUUCUGGCCGGGAUCUGAUGUGGCCAUAAAUGGGAGUUUUCCAGAUAUCUACAUGAAUUACGACGGGAAGAUCCCUUAUGAGGAGAGGAUCUUCAGUGUUCUGCGGUGGCUACAGUUACCAGAGGACAAACGGCCAGAUUUCUUCACAGUCUACCUGGAGGAGCCGGACAGUUCAGGACACAGUUAUGGACCCGUCAGCGGUGGGCUGAUCUUGGCUCUGCAGGGAGUGGACAGAGUCAUCGGUCAUCUGAUGAACGGCCUCAAACAACUCAACCUUCAUCAGUGUGUCAACAUCAUCAUCGUCGCCGAUCAUGGUAUGGAGGAGACCAGCUGUGAGCGGAAAGAAGCUCUUCAGGAUUUUAUAGGUGAUGUCUCUCAUCUGUACGUCAAUGAAGGGCCGUUCGGACGAGUCAGAGCAAGAGACACAACGCACACCUUGGAUGCAGCUGAACUCGUGGCAAACAUGUCGUGUAAACGGCCAGAGCAGCAGAUCAAGCCGUACCUGAAACAUCACCUGCCCAAACGCUUCCAUUACGCCAACAACAGACGAAUUGAAGACAUCAGCGUCCUGGUGAACCCACGCUGGCUCUUUGAGAGGUUUCCAGGGUCUCUCACGUUCUGCUCAGGAGGAAAUCAUGGAUAUGAUAAUGAUAUCUACAGCAUGCAGGCUUCGUUUCUCAGUUUAGGACCAAAAUUCCACUUUCAGACGGAAGUGGAGCCAUUUUCCAACAUUGAAUUGUACAACCUCAUGUGUGACGUGCUGGAAAUAACUCCAUUCAACAAUAACGGAACUCACGGGAGUCUAAACCACCUGCUGCGGACACCCUUCUACAACCCCAGUCACCCGACAGAGCAGAGCCGCCCACAGCACUGUCCAGUCACCGGCCUGGAGCCCACACACACACUGGGCUGCAGCUGCACUGCACUGAGUGGAAGUGGAAGUGACAUCAAUGCGCGUCUUAAUCUCACUGAUGCCGAAGUGGCAGACAGUGAGAGGCGACACAUGUUGUUCGGCCGUCCACAGGUUCUGCAGUCUGACGCUGAAUACUGUAUCCUUCAUCAACACGGAUUCAUCACGGCCUACAGCACACACACACACACACCAGUCUGGAGCUCCUUCACUCUGGACAAGACCGCUGAAAGUUCUCCGGUCGUCUCCGAUUGUCUCCGGGCAGACGUCAGGAUUCCAGCCAAUCAGAGCGCAACGUGUGACCAGUACAACAAUACUGAGAACAUCACACAUGCCUUCCUGUUCCCACCAAAUCUGAACCGCUCAUCUGAGGAUCAGUUUGAUGCUCUAACACUUGGCAACGUGGUGCCUGUCUUCCCACAGUUCAAGAGACUCUGGCAGUAUUUUCAGGAGGUUCUGCUGAUCAAAUACUCAUCUCAGUAUAACGGUAUUAACGUGGUCACCGGUCCCGUGUACGACUACAACUUUGACGGACACUUCGACUCUCCAGAGCAGAUCCAGGAGCUGCUUUCCGGUUCAUCUGUCCCUGUUCCCACUCAUUACUUCGUGGUGUUGACCAGCUGUCAGAACGACACACAGACAGUGAGCGACUGUUCCAGUGAACUUCAGACGCUUUCCUUCCUGCUUCCUCAUAGGAGCGACAACACGGAGAGCUGUGCUGACCAUCAGCCGGAGGAGCAGUGGGCGGAGCCUCUGCUGUGGAUGCACCAAUCACGCGUCAGGGAUGUGGAGUGGAUCACCGGUUUGGACUUUUUCCAGGACAGCAAGCGUCCAAUCGCUGAGCUCCUGCGCCUGAAGACCCGCCCCACCGCCGCCAUUCAUCCCAAAGCUUGAGCCUGAUUGGAUUCUGUGUUCGUGUAUUUAUUUAACCGCCGUAAAAUUAAAUUGCAUGAAAUUAAAUUUUAAAAAUAUGCAGAUUUCACUGUGGGAAAAACUUGUAAUCAAAAUACACUUCAUUUACUUCUUAUUUUAAGGUGAAAGCUGUUUUGUGUUCAGGUUGUUUAUGUAUUAGCUGUCGGAAAUACUGUUCAGAUGUAAUCUGGUAAACUAUCUAUAUCAAAUAAGAAUAACUGAAGGCUUUCUCCUUAUCUCACACACUUUUGGGCUGGAUUUUGAAUUCUUAAACUUAAAUAUGUGCGUCUGUUGACCAACCAUUGCUGCAUAAAAAUAAAAAAAGUACAAGUUUAUGCUACUAAAA